GGUGCUCAUCAACAUCAACAGGCUUCUCAGCAGAUCCCCUCUUUGAUGGAGCUGGAUGAGGUUGACCUGGAGGAAAAUGAGGCGCAGGUCAACGUUAACCCACUUCCUGGGCUGACAGGGGCGGUUACUAGACUUAUGGUCGGCUUUAGGGAGGAUGACGUGGAGACUCAGUUUGGACAGGUCCACUGCACCAUGAAGGGGGUUCCCAAGGGUAGCCGCCCCGUCAUCAUGACCUUCCACGAUAUUGGACUGAACUACAAGUCGUGCUUCAACCCCCUGUUCAGCCACGAGGACAUGCAGGAGAUCAUGAGGCACUUUGCCGUGUGCCACGUUGAUGCCCCUGGGCAGCAUGAGGGUGCCUCCACUCUCUCCACAGAGUACACCUACCCCUCUAUGGACCAGCUCUCUGAGACUCUCCCUCAGGUCCUCAAGCACUUUCGGUUUAAGAGCGUCAUUGGACUGGGCAGCGGUGCUGGUGCCUACAUCCUCGCUAAAUUUGCUCUGAACCAUCCAGAUAAGGUUGAGGGACUUGUCCUCAUCAACAUCAAUGCACGUGCAGAGAGCGUGAUUGAUUCACUUACACACAAGAUGACUGGCUGGAUCCAAGCACUUCCUGAUCAUGUUCUUAACCACAUGUUUGGAAAGGAGGAGAUCCAGAACAACCCUGAUCUGAUCGCCACAUACCGCAACCACAUCACCAAUGAUGUCAACCAGUCCAACCUGGCCCAGUUCUUCAAGUCCUACCAGAGCCGCAGGGGCCUGGAGAUCGAAAGGCCUGUCCCAGGGAGAAACAUUAACGCCAGAACUCUGCAGUGUCCUGCUCUGUUGGUGGUGGGAGACAGCUCCCCUGCAGUUGAGGCUGUGGUCGAGAGCAACGCAAAGCUCAACCCAACACAGACCACACUGCUCAAGAUGGCUGACUGUGGAGGACUUCCCCAGGUGAGCCAGCCUGGCAAACUGACAGAGGCCUUCAAGUACUUCAUCCAGGGCAUGGGUUACAUGUCCUCAGCCAGCAUGACCAGACUGGUGAGGUCCCGCACCGCCUCAGGCUCCAGCAUCGCCUCCUGCGACAGCAGCAGGAGCCGCUCUCACGCCAACGACCACCAGCCCGCCCGGGAGCACACCGACGUGUCCAUGGAGAAUGUCUCCAACAGCACCGUAGAUCAGACAGUUGUCGUGUCCAGCAGCAAGACUGAGGACGUCUGCUAGUGCCCUGGUCACUGAAAGGUCAUAGGUUGUCUCCUAAAUGGCUCCCCAUUUCCUUUAUAGUGCACUACUUUUGACUAUGUGGGAAAUAGGGAGCCAUUUGGGACACAGCCCCAGUGUCCCUAAACCCUGACCUCAUAACCCCUGUCCUGUCUACCCUACUGCCUGUGUUGCUGCUGACAAUAAACCUCAUAACCCCUGUCCUGUCUACCCUACUGCUUGUGUUGCUGCUGACAAUAAACCUCAUAACCCCUGUCCUGUCUACCCUACUGCCUGUGUUGCUGCUGACAAUAAACCUCAUAACCUCUGUCCUGUCUACCCUACUGCCUGUGUUGCUGCUGACAAUAAACCUCAUAACUCCUGUCCUGUCUACCCUACUGCCUGUGUUGCUGCUGACAAUAAACCUCAUAACCCCUGUCCUGUCUACCCUACUGCCUGUGUUGCUGCUGACAAUAAACCUCAUAACUCCUGUCCUGUCUACCCUACUGCCUGUGUUGCUGCUGACAACAAACCUCAUAACCCCUGUCCUGUCCUGUCUAC